GGUGGAAGAAGGGGAGGGCGAGCCGGGGAGCGGAGAGGAGCGGAUGGUAGAACGAGACCGCCGACCAAGAACAAGAGGAGAAAGCUAAGUUAUUAGGUCGAUCGUGUCGAUACGAUCGUGGGCGAUCGACGGCCAACAAGGGAGAAAUUUACGAAGGAUGGUGAUUUCGUCAAGACUCCUCUUUUAGGCUUCCUCCGCUUCUAUUCCUCUUCUCCUGCUUUCCCCGAUCCAAUCCUUGAUUGGUGAGUAGAAACCCUAUUUUUUGGGGCAUCCCCUUGCCGUCGACGAUACCGUCGUGGGUGAUGAGGAAGGGCAGCGCACAAGCUGUGGACCCGCUGGCGGCGGCUCAGAUCGGUGGUGCGAUCGCAGUGGAGAAGCGGUUCCGUGGCGUGCGGAAGCGGCCAUGGGGCCGCUUCGCCGCCGAGAUCCGGGACCCUUGGAAGAAGACCCGAGUGUGGCUUGGCACGUUUGACUCCGCCGAGGACGCCGCCCGCGCCUACGACGCCGCUGCUAUCGCCCUCCGAGGUCCCAAGGCCAAGACCAACUUCCCUUCGCCCCCGUCCCCGUUCCCCCCAGCGGCUCUUCCCGCCGCCGCCGCCCACUUCUCUUUCCAUCAUCGUCAGCAGCACUACCCGCAGCCGCCGCCGCCCCCUCAGCGGCCAACGUCCAGCAGCCACAGCAGCACCGUGGAGUCAUUCAGCGGGCCGCGGCUCCCGUCUGCGGCGGCGCCUAUCCGCCUCCGGCCACCUAUCCUCAAGAGGCAGGCCAACCCACCGCCUCCCCCGCGCGUGCUCAACGGCGACGACGACUGCCACAGCGACUGCGGCUCCUCCUCCUCCGUCAUCGAUGAUGAUGGCGAUGUCGUGUUGAUGUGCCGGCCGCCGCUGCCUUUCGAUCUCAACCUCCUCCCGCUCCCUGACGAUGAUCUCCACGAUACUGUUCUCCGCCUUUGAUGCUCAAUCCCACGGUUGAGAAGAGUGAAAUAUAGGAAAAAAAUGGGUUUUUUUGCUUCUCUUCUUACCAUUACGCCUAUCGACUCUCAUAAACACUUUCGAUCUUAUGAUUUCUAUACUUGAUCUUUUUGUAUGGGGCUGGAUUUGAGGACUGAAAGCUAUUAUGAGGGGUGAGGAUAUAGGGAUCGGGUGGUAUCAGAUCAGAUCUGAGAUAUCUCUUAGAUCUGUUGCUGUUUCUUUUUUCUUUUUUUUCCUUGUACAAACAAAUAUCUAUCUAAUUCGAUCAAAUGACAAAAAAGACCAAAAGAAGUGCCGAAGAUUAUCUUUUCCCCCAUCAAAUUUCUAACCUCUCAUAUGUUUCAUGUUCGAUCCUGUUCAUUGUAGGAUAACAAGGGGAGAUUUUUUUGGCAUGGCAGUAUUGAUAUGUAGAUCUAUCUUCUGGAAAUGGAUAAAGGGAUGUAUGCAUUUA